UGGUGCGGGUGGUGAGGUCGUCCGACUAUCUACUCUCUUAUCUCUUAACGUACCUACAUCUAUAAUCUCAUAGACAAUUAUAUUGCUGGUAUUUAACAAAAACAGAAACAACAGCGUACAGCAUAAGAUUUCGAUUAUCUGGUGCUGAAUUAAAUCAAUUUUAGUCAAAGAAUCCGCUGGAUCGGCUGAUCAUCAUCAACGGAAAAAUGUGCUAGUUUUAUUAUAUUUUUUGUUAUAAGUUUUAAAUUCGAACAAAACACAAAGUGAUGCUAUUUAUCGGCAAAAUUUAUUAUUAUUAUUAUUUGUAAAAUGUAAAAACAAUAUAUAGAUUUAAUUUCAUGUGCAAUUGGAAUAGUGAAAUAAUUAUACACCACAAAAAUAGCAUUUUCAAAACUUCCUCUUCAAUUCGAACUACGAACAAAUACCGGAAGCAUCUCUGAUAAACAUUAAGAUUCUUUUGUGAAUCUUUUUGAAAUAGUGCUAAAUAAUAGAAUUAAGAGAUAUUUUUAUUUGGUGUGGAUAUUUAAAAAAGAAACUCGUAUGCAAUUAUAUUGUUCAUCUCUUAAUCGGCUGAUGGCGAAAACAGCUCAACAGCACAAAUCAACAUAUAAUAAAUAUUAAAAUUAAGUUGUUCUCCCGUGCGUUCGAGCUAGAAUACUACAGAUAAUACUCAAACGAUCUACAUUUCAACACAUUGUUAAGUUCCCGCAGCAGCCACCGCCGCCGCAACUUGCUAUUAGCUCUAUUUGUUUAAGCUUAUAUUGUACAAAUGAAUAAACAAUAAGUUCAAACAUUCAACUCAAAGUAAAAGAUCAAGAUGCCUAACGCUGAAGCAAUUGAGAAUAUUUACGACCAUCGGACCUUGACUGAAUGGUCAGAGGUUGACACGGCAAAAGAACUUCAUUUGCCGAAUAAUAUGGUCUUCAAUGAUGGCCAUCGUUUAUCAAUCAUUGUUUAUAGCAUUCUAAUGGUCAUAUCGACCAUUGGAAAUACGACAGUUUUGGUUUUGUUGACAAAGCGCCGUCUGCGGGGGCCAUCUAGAAUUGAUAUCAUGCUGAUGCAUUUGGCUAUCGCUGAUCUUUUGGUAACUCUUUUACUCAUGCCUUUAGAAAUUGCCUGGGCAUAUACUGUAACUUGGAAUGCGGGUGAUUUUAUGUGUCGUUUGAUGAGUUUCUUUAGAACUUUUGGGCUAUAUUUAUCGAGUUUUGUUUUGGUUUGCAUAUCAAUUGAUAGAUUCUAUGCUGUUUUGAAACCAUUGAAUCUUUCAAGUUCGAGAGGAAAAGUUAUGCUAAGCUUUGCAUGGAUGGGUUCGAUUAUAUGUAGUGCUCCGCAAGCUAUAAUCUUUCAUCUGGAAAGGCAUCCGAAAAUUGUCUGGUAUGAGCAGUGUGUAACAUUUCAUUUUUUCAAAGAUGAAUUUCAUGAAAUGUGCUAUCAGAUAUUGGGAAUGUUGGUAAUGUACGCUUUGCCUUUGGUAAUAAUACUAUUUUGUUAUACCUCAAUUUAUGUGGAAAUUUAUCGGAAGAGUAAGCGAUUCAUAAAAGGCACAGAUAAAUUUCGUCGAUCGAACGAUGAUGUCUUAGGACGAGCAAAACGUCGAACACUUAAAAUGACUGUGAUAAUUGUGAUAGUUUUUAUUGUCUGCUGGACACCUUAUUACAUUAUGUGCAUGUGGUGGUGGUUGGAUAAGGAAUCUGCCCUUAAAGUUGAUCAACGUAUUCAGAAGGGACUAUUUUUGUUUGCAGUAACAAACUCCUGUAUGAAUCCAAUUGUUUAUGGUGCCUUCAAUAUCCGAGGAAGGGAACAAAGUUAUAAUAGAUCGGUUAACAAUCGUCAGACAACACUAUCAAAGCGAUUCAAAGAUACACAACAGUUUAGAAAUGGCAGGGGUAUUUCAUCGAAUAGUAUGACUGUGGACGAUUCGCUGACCACAAUUAUACCACCGCCACAGCAAACUUCAUUGGAAUCAACAACGACAGCAACAUCAUCACCUGAAACUAAACUCACUGUUUGCAUAAGCUUUCGUUUUCAGUUGUGGUGACUCCAUUGAACUUCCUAAUCUACAAAGCCAUAAUAGCUCAUAUCACCAAAGCACAGAUCUUCAAUAAAGCAUUGUCAGCGCUAAAUUAUAUAGUUUGUGUGUAUGUGUGUGUGUGUGUUUAAGUUUUGUACAUUAUAAAUUAUAAGAUUAGUAAAGGAAUUUUAUUUAUAUAUAAGAUUUUACUAAUAUAAUUAUUAUUGGAUGUACACGUUCCUAAGAUAUUAUAAUAUGAAUUAACUAAUUUUAAAAUCUGCAUCAAUGUAUAUUUCUUUGUGUCAUAACUAUUUCAAAAUAUUCACGCUCAUCGAAAAUAAAGACCUUAAGUUAAA